CCAUCAUUGUCAGAUCCAUGUUUAACCACGAUUCUAAGACGAGCGACAUAGCGUGUGAAGCUGUGAAGAAGUUGUUCGGAGCUGAUAAAGUCGGUGACGUCACUUUGGAGGUCAUAAGGUUAAUAGGUCGGGCAAUCAAGGUCAGAAAAUUUGAUGUCAAGCCAAAGGUCUUAGAUACUUUUCUAUCCUUAAAGAUAAAAGAAGUUUCUAGAGAUAGUGAUGACGAUGGAGAGGUGAGGAAGAAGAUGAUGACGAUGGAGGAGAAGAGGAAGAUGUCGAAGAUGAUGUCCAAGAGAGAUCGAAAACGAAAGAAACAAAUGAAAGAGCUGGAGAAGGAACUGGAAGAGGCGGCUGUUACAGACAACACCAAGCGUAAAAUUAAGAUGCACACCGAGAUAGUCAGCAUGGUUUUUUUAACCUACUUUCGAAUUUUGAAACUUGCCAGCGACUCAAAGUUGUUGUCAUCUGUACUCGCGGGACUUGCUAAGUUUGCCCAUCUAAUCAACGUGUCAUAUUUUGAUGAUUUGUUUGCCGUUCUAACUAAACUCGUUGAAUCUGGGGACCUGACAACGAGGGAAAGUUUGCACUGCAUAGAAACGUCCUUGACAUUGUUGUUGGGUCAAGGGUCAGCCUUCAACAUUGACCCUUACAAGUUUUACCUACAUCUCUACAAGACCCUCCUAUCCUUCAACUAUUCAAACGCAAACACCGACCUACCAUCUUGUAUAAAAUGCCUCGACCUGAUGUUCAACAAGCGGAAAAGGCACGUAUCCGACCAAAGAUGCCUGGCCUACGUUAAACGGCUUUCCAUACUUUCGACGCAUCUCUCCGGCCGAUCGGCCAUCACUGUUUUAUCUAUGAUUAGGGAAAUUAUUAGAAAUUAUCCCAAGUGUGAAGUCCUCUUGGACACGGACUCGAUCGGAAACGGUAAAUACGAUCCGGAAUCGGAUAAUCCGGAUUUUUGCAACGCCCAGAACACAUCCCUGUUCGAGUUGCAUUUAUUGAGGUCCAGUUACGAACCAGACGUACGUACAUACGCCCAACACAUCCUUCAAAACUGCCCAUCUGAUGGGCGGUUUAGACUGCCACUGCACCUUAUAAAUAUUAAGAGUGAUUACGUUGAAAAAGAUAGCCUCCAAUGCAUCGGACGGAUUAGUGAAUUGAAGAGGAAAAAUUAGUGGAUGGAUUGAAUGAGUGUGAAUGAAUGAAUGAAUGACUGAAUGAAUGAAUGAAUGAACGAACGAAUGAAUAAAUUAGUGAAGGAAUCAAGAAACUAGUGCAUGAGCGUUUGAUUGAUUGAAUGAAUAAGAUACAAUGUUGAUUGACUGAUUUGUUGAUUGAUUGAUUGAUUGAUUGGUUGAUUGGUUGGUUGGUUGGUUGAUUGAUUGAAAUUUUAUUAACAUUUUUAUUUGAAUUAAAUUCAAAUAUGAUUAUAUCAAGUGUGAAUAUUUGAGUUAUAAUAAUAA